AUGUUAUCAUUAACUACUAUUCAAUCAUCAACAUUAUUCAUAAAUCAAUAUGCAAAAUCUCAUUCAUCUGAAAAUCUUUUUGGUUCAACAUUACGUUUAACAAAUGAUUCAAUUAAAAAUAAUAUAAAUUUAUCAACGAAUAAAUUUCAAAGCUUUGAUAAUUCUUUGGAAUAUAAUAUCAUGAAAGAUGGAUCGACUUUAACAAAAACACAAAUAAAAGUUAUUUUAACUGUUGUAAUCAUAAUUAGUUUUAUUAUGUUCAUUAUGGUUAUAUUUCGAUUUAAAAACGCAUGUCGCGAUCAAGAAAUACACAAUAUACAGACAGAAAUCAUUCGACAGAGUGCUCGACAAUAUAGUGAACCAAGUUCAAGACGAGGAAGUAUUGGAUAUUAUACACGUAAAUAUUCUCACACACCUGGCAUUCGUUUUGAAGAACACUUAAAUAAUUCAUCAUCUACAAAACGAUUUAGUGUUCCUACUUGUAAUCACUCAUCGAAACAAAUAGCUAAUGCUAUUGUAUCAUCUUUACCAGUUGAGUCAUUAGCAACAAAAACAACAACAACAACUACUGCUCAUCAUCAUCAUGUCACAUCUUCAUGCAAGACAUCAAAUCAUAUUAAUAAUUCAUACGUAUCUAUUGCUAUAAAACCAUUUGUACGCAAAUCGUGUUCUACUAUUGGAAUAAGUCGGGUAGAUAAACUACCUGGCAUUAUACGUGUAUUCUUUUCUUCUUUAACAAUUCUUUCUAUUCAUUGUCAAUCACGUCGUUUGAUCCUCUGCACGGUUCCACCACAUAUAUUGUGUCGUCCAAAUACAGUUCGUUAUUCACUUGUUUUUCACGUGCAUGAUCAACGACAACGACGACAUACAACAUCAAAUAGGUAUAUCAAAGUGUCGUCACCAGCACUUCGUAAAUUUUGUUUGCCUUGUAUAACUACACGAAAUCAUCAUCGUCAUUCUCAUCAUCAUCAUCAUUCUCAUCAUAAUAAUCGUCAACAAUCAAAUAGAAAUAAGACAUUAAAAAAUAAUCAACAACAAAUUAUUACUACUCCUGCUGCUAUUAUUACAUCUGAGAGCAACAUCAUCGAAUCAUCACAACGAUUCGAAGUGGCUCCAAGGACAAAUCAUACAAUAUCAACAACGCCGGUGGUGCACAGUAGUGAAUAUUUACAAGAAAACGAUGCUAAUCAUCUUCAUGAGCAACAUCAGAAUUUUGAGACUUCUCUUCAGAAUAUAAAACUAGAGAAAAAAGAUGAUGAGAUAUCAGUGGAAGCGGAAAUAACACCGACAAAAGUAGUUUCAGAAUCCAUAUUACUGACAUUAUCAUCACCUGGAAAUGAAAUAACGAGAUCAAACGAAGAUGAUAUGUGUGAUGAUCAAACGCCACUGUUAACAUCGGAACUUGCUUCUAAUAUUAAGGAUUCAACGGACCGUAAUACUCGUAAAUAUUCGCUCAAUGCUCUUUUACCCCUUGCACGUUCUCCAAAUUCACAUCCGCUUUCUUCCUCAUCGACAGUUACAACUGCCAUUGACAGUCAAAAUGCCGGUGAUGAUAAUAAAAAUCGUAAUCGUUUCGAUUUGAAAUCUCGUCGUCGAAUUUCACUAUCAUCGGCACUUCGUCGUAGUUCAUUUGCUAAACAAUCACAAACAGUUAAUUCAAUAAUUGAUUCAACGAAUCAAAAUCAACUAACAAUCUCACCAUCUCAUAUUUCUCUUCCAACUUCUAAUAAUAAUAAUAAUAAUAAUAAUCAUUAUCAAUCAAGUACAGCUGAUUCAGAUAGUAGUGAUCGAACAUCAUUAUUAAAAGCUAAAACAUUGAUUUCUAAAAAUCAAUUAAAGAAAAAGUCUUCGAGUAUAACGCCAAUAAAAUCAUCUUCAAUUUCAUCUUAUCGGAAAGAUUUCAUGCAAAAAAUUGAACGUUUUCGCUUCAUUGAUGAUAGUGCUUCGAGCACAACAACAGUGACGUCACCUGUAGAAAGUAUUGAUCGUAUGAAUGGUCAUCGACCAUGUAGUCAUCUGAUAACGAGUGCUAUUGAACAAUUUGAUGAUUACGUUCGUUCAAAAUACGAUAACAAUGAUGAUAUUAAUUCAUAUAUUGAUCGUCUAGAUUCUGAUAUGUUAAAAAAUGGUACUUAUUCAGAUUUGAAUAUACUCAGUAGUACCAAUAAUAAUAUAAGUAAACAAAAGUUACAAACAAUUCAACAACAACAACAACACACAGUAUUUAAACCGGUGAAAAAUAUAUCAUCUGAAUUGGAAACAGUAAGUCUAUUAAUUUUCUAUUAG